AUGUCCGUUCCAAGCCAAGAUUUGGUGUUUUUCAAGAACCACUCGUUGAUAGACGACUCGAUCUUAUCAUCAAGAACAAAAUCAUAUUUAUCCACCAUUACUCAUACACAGGGUACCAAUCCAAGCUGGCUAGUAAAUUCCCUUAUUGAAAAUGGGAUUUUUGGAACGGCCUCUUCUGUCAAUCAAGACUUGAAGAAGCGAGCCAAAUUGGGUAAGGUUGUGCUAUUCAGUUUUCUCCAUGAUGAAAAUCAUUACACCAAAGGUGUUCGCAAAAAUGGUGUCAAUUUACUUGAUUCAAACUUUGAGUUUGUUGAUUGUUUCUCUGGUCUUUUUACUGAAAAGAUUAGUGAUCCCGCAAAUGCAUCCAACGAUUUACGCAAUCUUUUCAAUGUGGACAUUGAAGAGAGAUCUGUGGUUAUUGUUGAAGCACCAGAGGUACUACUUUAUUCGACAAGCAUAAGCAGUAAUGACUUAUUAUCAAUGUUGCUAAAACUAAACAAAAAAGCUAGUCAGCUAUUUGUGGUUGUUUCCAAAGACGAGCAGCUUGUUGACUACAAUGCCCACGACAUGCUCGAUCCAGCCUUCAAGAUCACAGAUUUUAUAACAAAACUACUAUUUAGAUCACAUUUGAACAUUACGUUGGAGCCUUUGGCCACUGGAAGAGCCAAGGACAUUACUGGUAGCAUUGUGGUAUCAAAGGGAGCAAUUCCCUACGAUGAUCUAAUAGUGGAAGAAAAGAGUUAUGUCUACCACAUUACCAAAGAUGCCAAUGUUAAAGUUUUCUAUCGCUAA